AUGGAGAAGGUGAACAUCGAGCCAUGUGUGAAGAUGGACACCCAAACCCUUGAUCUUCUCAAGAUAAGAGAUGAUGUCACAUGGUACAUAAGGAAGCUAGGCUUGAGCAAGCUCUUCAAGCUAGAGUGUAGUGAGUACUCACAACUCACCAAGGAGUUCCUCUCCACAGUAGCUCUUGCCUUUCCCAACCACAAUGGAGACCAACCAGCUGGUGAUGGACUCCUACUCUUCAAGAUAGGCGAUGCCAAUGGGCGCAUCUCCAUCUCAGCUCUAUGCCAACUCUUUGGACUUCCCAAUGAGACAGCACAUGACUUCAAGGAGAACUCAAAGAGGAAACAAGCUGCCUUUGCUGAUUGGACACACUUUGCCAAUGAACCAUUCUUGCCUUCAAGGUCAAAGGUGUCUAGAAUCACCCAUCCAGCCAUUCGCUAUGUGCACCGCCUCAUCUCCACCACUUUCCAAUGCAAACAAGAAGCCAACAAGGUCACAACUGAUGAGUUCUACAUCCUCACCACACCAUUCAUCAAGCAUGAGUACAAGGCCAACCUUGGACUUUUACUUGCCAAGACAUUCAUCAAUGUGAGGAAGCUAGCUCAAGACUUGGAAGGCAACAAGAAGCUUUGUGUUCGUUUUGGGAGGCUUAUCACGGCCAUAGUACUGCAUGUGGGGAUUGACAUUCCCAACUAUGAGCCACUACCCAAGCCAACCCCUUUGGAUCUCCAUGCUCUUCAGCACAUCCACUUCCUAAACCGUUGGACUAAAGACCCAACUCGCCUACGCUCAGGAGUUGUCACUUUCCAGCCCAAUGAGGAAGAGUUCUAUGUUCCAUCAAGUGAGAAACCAUCAUUCCCCAUGCUCACCUAUCGCACACUUCAGCAUGCAGUCAAGACUCAACGCCGCAUCCAAGAACGCCAUGUUCUCACUACUGGCAUGGCUGCGCACCAAGCUCUAGACCGUGUUAACAAGCUGGAGAAGAUAGUGGAAUGCCAAUCUCGCUUCAUCUCACGCCUAGUUCGUGUAGUUCGCCACAUUGCACCGGAGAGACUCUUUCGCCCUUCUUCCACCGCUAGAGAGCCAUAUGAGCCUGACCUUGGUGAGUUCUCACUAGACUCAGAGCUUGGUUCAGAAGGCGAUGACCCCAUAGAUGAGGAAGAGAGUUCUUCUCACUGCCACACAUAG